UGCCAUGGUUGCAUGGGCGACAGGCGAGCCAAACUUCCCUGCUCACUGAAAGCGUCUCGCCGCCCUUUGCGUUACUUUUCUGGGGAAGCUAACACACUCCCAGCGCUCAGGGGACUCUUUGUCUGGAUGAUUUGAGCCGGCGGGAAACUUUUCUUUGACACGGCGUGAAGCAGCCGCGCGGUAAACUUCCCGGAGCUGCAGCCCGGAGGGCACCAGGAGGAGGAGUCAACAGGUCCCAGAAUUAAGGAGCUGCGAUCGAUUCAAGGGAAGAUUUCCUUUGCCAAGAACAGGCAGAUUGACGUAUUUGGGGGGGAAAAAAGAUUCUCCUCGAGCGAUCGAUGUGGGCAGUCCACCAGCUGGAUGCCCAGUUGGCCAGAGGGAUCACCACUCAAUCAGUCUGAGCAACAGAGCACACGGCGACCCACAGAGGGGGAGUCGUUGAGCCAUAUCUGCAGCUGCAUUCGCCAUUAUUGGUCUACAAGGACCCUAACCCUGGGGGCAGAAAGAAAGGCUUAGGCUCUGCCGGUGCGAGGAUGAUGAGAGGAGAAGAGCCUGAUGGCAUCAUGUGAUCUGCACUUUUGUGGAAGUAGCGCGACAACUACUUACACAGCCGAUCAGUGCGGCAGCUAUCAAAGUCUUGACUGGACUUGCCUCCUGUUGUUUUUUCUCCCCUUCAUCUGGAAGAUAAGGAAUGACCGCACUCCUUUUUAACUUCCACAACAUCCCCAGCAAAUAAGGCCUCUUUCACAAUAGCAGAGAGUUCACCCACCUGGGUGGUUUAUCUCCAACAUCUUGGUCAGUCACUCAGCGGACACCAGCAGUUUUUUUUUUGUUUUUUUUGUGGAGUCUACUUUGCUGUGCUGCGUAUGGGGGAUUAAACAAGAAGACAGUUGCGCCUCUUGUCUGCUGAGCAAUUUUUUCGUGACUGAAGGUGGGCUCAUCCAUCAUGGCGGGGAAGGGCAACCCAAUGCCAGGCCCCCAUCUAAACGGCUUCCCAAUGCCCACCUAUUCCUACUUCUUUCCUCACAUGCUGGGAAGCCUGUCGCCACCAGCUCUGCCAGGACUGCCCCUCAGUGGGUACAGCACCCCCUCGCCAGCCACGAUAGAGACGCAGAGCACCAGCUCGGAGGAGAUAGUGCCAAGUCCGCCCUCGCCUCCCCCGCCGCCCCGCGUCUACAAGCCCUGCUUUGUGUGCCAGGAUAAGUCCUCAGGGUACCACUAUGGUGUCAGCGCCUGUGAAGGCUGCAAGGGAUUCUUCAGGAGAAGCAUCCAGAAGAACAUGGUGUACACUUGUCACCGGGAGAAGAACUGCAUUAUCAACAAAGUCACGCGGAAUCGCUGUCAGUACUGCCGACUGCAGAAGUGCCUGGAAGUGGGGAUGUCCAAGGAGUCGGUGAGGAAUGAUAGGAACAAGAAGAAGAAGGAGGAGAAGAAGCAGGAGUGCACAGAGAGCUACGUGUUGAGCACCGAAACAGAGCAGAUGAUUGACAGGGUUCGCAAGGCUCAUCAGGAAACGUUCCCGUCCCUCUGCCAGCUCGGCAAAUACACUACGAGUAACAGCUCAGAGCGCCGCGUGUCGUUGGACGUUGACCUCUGGGACAAGUUCAGCGAGCUGUCCACCAAGUGUAUCAUUAAGACGGUGGAGUUCGCAAAGCAGCUGCCCGGCUUCACCACGCUCACCAUCGCCGACCAGAUCACGCUCCUGAAAGCCGCCUGCCUGGACAUCCUGAUACUUCGGAUUUGCACGCGAUACACACCAGAACAGGACACCAUGACCUUCUCAGAUGGACUCACGCUAAACCGAACCCAGAUGCACAACGCUGGCUUCGGCCCUCUCACUGACCUGGUGUUCGCGUUCGCCAACCAGCUACUUCCUCUGGAGAUGGACGACGCAGAGACAGGACUCCUCAGCGCCAUCUGUUUGCUGUGUGGAGAUCGGCAGGACCUGGAGGAGGCUGAUAAGGUGGACAUUCUUCAGGAGCCCCUCCUGGAGGCCCUGAAGAUCUACGUGAGGAAGAGGAGGCCUCACAAGCCGCACAUGUUUCCAAAAAUGUUGAUGAAGAUCACCGACCUGAGAAGCAUCAGUGCUAAAGGAGCUGAACGAGUCAUCACCUUGAAAAUGGAGAUCCCAGGCUCCAUGCCUCCCCUCAUCCAGGAAAUGUUGGAGAACUCUGAAGGCUUGGAGAGCGGCGCAGCGGGCGGCCGACCCAGCGGAGCUCCACCCGGCAGCUGCAGCCCCAGUUUGUCCCCCAGCUCUGCCCAAAGCAGUCCUGCUACACAAUCGCCGUAGUGACGGCCAACCUUUUUACUUCCCUGACACGGUGAAACAAGGAGGUCUGGACUCUGACCGGGCGAGCCGACCCCCUCCUCUGCUCAACACACACCUCCCAACCUGCGCUCCAUCACCCCGGGACACUGUGCUGGUGUGCGGGCAAGCGAGGUUGCCUCCGAGAGACCACCGUAAACACUGCUGACGACGACUCCUCCCCGCCCUCCUCUCCCCACUCUUCUCCACAGCUGCUCCCCCUUCACCGCCUCCUCCAGACUGACGGAUCUGAUCGCAGUUGGGGCCGGACCGGAUGUGGAUGCGGACACUGUUGGACAGGAAUCGCCGGACACUUUCUGUUGUACUCUAAAGCAGACUGCAAGCUUGGAUUUGUUAGAAGACCCCUCCUCCUCCUUCCUCUCUCAAAGACUCGGGGUCGUUUCUUUUUUUCGUACAAAGUUAUAUAAAUAUAUAUAGAAAUGAACUAUUGUGUUUGACAUGUUCAGGAGGGCGACUGAAAACAGUUUUCUGAGAUUAGAAAUCGUUGUACCCAUUCACUGUUUGGAUCUUUUCGUACCCACCGAGAGUAUUGAGGACGACGCUUCAGUUUUAUCUCACCUGUACAUUAUUCUAAUUAACAAAGAGAUCAAAACAAUUGUUAUUUCCAGUCCUCACACACACGCGCGCACACACACACACACGUGCACAAAAAAAAAGUCGCUAUGAGUAUCACGUCUAUUCCAGGUUGUUUUCCACUUAUUGUUUUGUGCUUCCAGACGAAUGGAAACAAAUGAUUGUAUGAUAUGGUCACAGGUCCUUUCAAGAAAUCCAGUUAAUGAAGAUUCAUUAUUAAGGUGUAUUUUAAGUAGCCUUUGGUUUGUGUAUAUAAGCUGUAUUCAUUUCUUAAAAACUAUGAAGAGUUUUAGGCUUCACUUGAUUUUUAAAAGAAAACCUUUUAUGUGUUUUGUUCAUAGGUUUGUGAUUGGAGGAAAUACAUUGUUGAGCACAUUUUACUGAAGGAAGUUCUUGUGUCCUACUAGAUACUGGACAGACACUUAACUCAUCACCGGCUGUUCAGAAUGUGGCGUUCACGGAUCCCCUCCGCCUCCCUUUUCUGUUUCCAAACGUUUUUUUUUUCUCUCUCUCUACAUACCCGUAGGUAAGAAAAAGUAGCACUCCAGUCGGGGCAUAGCUUUCUGGCCGCGUAGCAGGCAGAGACGGCAGUGUCUGAAAGUGGUGAGGUGGAUCACGCCUCACCGGGAUCAGAUGUUCCUGUAGCAGCUUCAUGAGAUUGAUAAAUGUGAAGAAUGGUGUACAUACACACUGUAUUUAAUACAAGUGAUUCGCAAAAGCCUCUAUAUGGGUCGAUAUUAUGUCGUGGUGGGAAAAACUAGAUUGUAGCGGUCCCUCUGGACGGGGAUCUGGCAUGUGAAGGUCCCAUAUGUGAUGUUUGUCCUCACACAUCGCCCCCUGGCUGCCUGUGUUAGAAAGACACAGGUUCCAGAGCAACCUCACACCCUGUGAUACACUUAAUGCCAAAACGCCUUCACAUCUCAUGUUUGACCAUCAUUACUGUACACACACACACACACACCAAUGUCUCAGGAAGGAAUCAUUUUGUGUGCUUGGCCUGUCCAUUGUAUAUGUUCUGUGCUGCACUCCCCCACCUUUGUCACAAACACACAAACCCCACCUCUGCUACUGAGCCCCCGUGUUGAAAAUCACUCAGACCAGGACUUGUGCAGAGAGACGCCGACCCUGAACAUUAUUGUCACACCAUGCCAGUGUGGAGUCUCUCUAUGAGUCAUUCUUUGUUCUCUUUUUUUUUUUUUUUUUUUUUUUUGUACGGUCAAAGCUGCUUUCCUCAUUUAGGACUUAACAUGUCCAGAACAGCGCACAACUUUUCUCUGCACAGCUAAUCUGGAAUAGAAACGGACACACCUUCGAUUUGAGACGUAUGGAAUAUGUUGCAGUUUUGUCAAGAUUAUCAAGCGACUUUGAGAAAAAAGAAAAUAAGAAAAAAAAAAGAUAAAAAUAAAACCAACAUUUAAUAAUUA